UAUCGACAGAAGAGGGCGAGAUUUCAUUAAAAACCAGAGUCCAGUUGUUCUGAAUCAGCUAGAGCCAGGACGCCGCCUCUGUUUCCCGAUCAUCUUCCGUCCUCUUCACGCCGCGCAAGGCUGGAGCUCAGAUCAUCGCUCUUUAAUUAGCUGAUGGCCUCUAUGGGCGCACCCACAACAGUCUUCCCUACAGACACGCUAAAAAAUAAGUAUCUUUAAACGAGAACAAGUGAGAGUAUUGGCGGUUUUUAAUUACUUCUUCCUGGGACAAGAAAGCGGUGUUGUUUCCUUCACACGGUCUCGGGAAUUUAAAUAUUUUGUCUUUCAUCUGGCGCUUUACAAAGAGUAACAGAAGACUUUACGAUUGUAGAAUAGCGUUUUUUUCCCCCACAUGCGAUUGUGUCAGAUGUUGUGUAUGAUGAGUGGGAUUAUGUUGACGUUUACUCGUUGACAAACUGGAAAAACUGUCCAAAACCCUCCGGAGGCGGGACACUGCUGAUACUGAAACGUACUGACCCAUCGCAACCUGCGCGCCUGUGCUUUCUUCCCCGGAUAGCCUUAUGCCAAGGACGAUGCCGAACAGGCUGAGGAAGACCGUUGAUGGAGGGUGAUGCUUUUUUCACAGCAGCAGCAGCAGUGGCUGAGGCAGAGGUUCUUUGUGCUGGGUAGCUUGGUGCUUGGCAGUCUUUUCUUUCUGGUGGUUAGAGAGGGCACUUUAGACAGACUGCACCUCAUCUGCCCCAUUAAGGACAGACUGUCCAAUGCAGAUACAUCAAGGCAGAUUCCUUUACAUACCUUGCAGCACAAACAAGCUCUAGGUCUCAAGCUGCACAGGAGAAACAGCACAAGGGAGCAACUGCGAACGCACCGCCUCAUUAAGCAGCUGCCCAGAGCCAUCAUCAUCGGGGUGAGGAAAGGUGGAACACGCGCACUGCUGGAGAUGCUCAGUCUUCACCCUGCUGUUGUCAAGGCCUCCCAGGAGGUCCACUUUUUUGACAAUGACAAGAACUAUGAUCGUGGUGUUGACUGGUACCUCAAAAAGAUGCCCUUAUCUUUUCUUCAUCAAAUAACUAUUGAGAAGAGUCCUGCAUAUUUCAUCACUGAGGAGGUUCCUGAGAGGAUCUUUAAGAUGAAUUCCUCCAUUAAACUUCUGUUGAUUGUGCGUGAGCCCACCACCCGCACUGUUUCUGACUACACACAGGUCCUAGAGGGCAAAGAGCACAAGAACAAAACAUACAACAAGUUUGAGGAACUUGUGAUUGAUACCAGCACUUGUGAGGUGAACACAAAGUACAAGGCUGUACGGACAAGCAUCUAUACCAAGUACCUAGAACAUUGGUUAAAGUUCUUUCCCAUUGAGCAGUUUCACAUAGUUGAUGGAGACCGCCUCAUCACAGACCCACUUCCAGAGCUUAAGCUGGUUGAACAAUUCUUAAACCUUCCUUCACGAAUCAGCCAGUACAAUCUGUACUUCAAUGCCACACGUGGGUUCUUCUGUCUGCGCUUCAACUUCAUGUUCAGCAAGUGCCUGGCUGGCAGUAAGGGCCGAAUACAUCCAGAUGUAAAUCCCUCCAUCCAGGAAAAACUGCAGCGCUUCUUCCAUCCAUUUAACCAGAAGUUCUAUCAGAUCACAGGCAGGACAUUCAACUGGCCCUGAAGAUUCCAAUAACAUCUGACUUUAAUGUUAGGAAACAUAUGAGACAUGGCAAAAUAGCAUUUUUGUAAUGUGCUGAUCUAUCAUUAGUAUCAUUAUUGCUUUUAUUGCAUUGUAAAUGUGUCAAAGAGCAUUGCUUCAGCCAGUAGCGAACUUGUACUUGUGCCUAAAUUCUAUAGAAUAAUUGAGUUGCAAUUUCAACUAGGGAUUGUUCUGUCAUCAGAAUUUACCCUUUAACUGUAGAACUAUACCUUUAAUUGUAGAUGUAAUUGUGGAUGACUGAAAGGUGGGCUAUGGUUACAAAGUACUCUGUCUUUUCAUCCAUGCAAAAAGGGCUCCUUGUAGAAAACUGUAAAACAGGAGAGAGCUUUGCUCAAAGUUUUAGUUAUUAAAAAAAAAGCUUGCUCUAUUUUCU